CUGAAAUGUUUUAUGUGAGGUCUCUUGCCCAAUCUUGUCACCAGUUUUGCUGACUGGGCGAAACCCCGAGGCUAAGGCUGGUCACGUAUGCCUAUGGCUAUGGUUCUGCGCCCGCAUUCCUGCUUGCAGCUCGGUACUACCUAUACCGUAUGCAACUUGAAGUUGUUGCGCAUACAUUAUUGUUCAAUGCAGGGCAGCAAGUGACGUUCUGCAUCAACGUCGCGUUGUCUCCUCGCUUGUAGAAGAUAAUUCAGCAAGAGGUUGAAAGUUCUCAGCAAUUUUCUUUUUCUUUACUGCGCUUCAAUGGCCGCAAGCGCUGAACGGAUUCGGAGGCUUGCAGCUCAUCUGAAUCCUGCUGGGCAUGCAGGACAGGAGGGAACCCUGCUGAUGGAGCGCACAAGAGCACGCGGAGCCUCUAGUGGCUUCAAGGUGGCUGUUCUUGGAGCAGCUGGCGGCAUUGGACAGCCUUUGUCGCUCCUCCUGAAGACGAGUCCCUUGGUCUCAACUCUGCACCUCUUUGAUGUCGUCAACACUCCAGGGGUUACAGCUGACCUGAGCCACAUCAACAGUUCUGCAGUGGUGCGCGGCUUCGUCGGCAACGACCAGCUGCCGGCCGCCCUCGACGGCGUCGACCUGGUAGUCAUCCCGGCGGGCGUGCCGCGCAAGCCCGGCAUGACACGCGACGACCUGUUCAACAUCAACGCAGGGAUCGUGCAGAAGCUGUGCGAGGGCAUUGCGAAGCACUGCCCCCGCGCGGUUGUGAACAUCAUCAGCAACCCGGUGAACUCGACGGUGCCCAUCGCGGCGGAGGUGUUCAAGCGGGCGGGCACGUGGGACCCGCGAAAGGUGCUCGGGGUGACGGCGCUCGAUGUCGUGCGCGCAAACACCUUCGUGGCUGAGGUCAUCGGCGUCAACCCCGAGAUCGUGGACGUCCCCGUCGUCGGAGGCCAUGCCGGCGUCACUAUCCUCCCCCUCCUCUCUCAGGUGACGCCGAGCUUUUCCUUCUCCAAGGAAGAGACGGAGAAGCUGACGGUUCGGAUCCAAGACGCUGGGACGGAGGUCGUUCAGGCGAAGGCGGGCACCGGCUCGGCCACGCUGUCGAUGGCAUAUGCCGCCGCCAAGUUCGCUGAGCAGUGCCUACGUGGCCUCUCCGGAGAGACAGGCAUCGUCGAGUGCGCUUACGUUUCGUCCGAUGUCACUGAGCUGCCCUUCUUUGCUACGAAAGUACGACUGGGUCGGUCCGGUGUCGAAGAAAUCCACCCCCUGGGCCCUCUGAACGAGUUCGAACGGUCUGCAUUGAGUAAAGCUAUUGGAGAGCUCAAAGGAAGCAUUGACAAAGGACUCAAUUUUGUCAGGAAGUAAAGACUGUCUGCUGAUGGGUUUGGAUGCGUUCAGAGAGAUACUGUACAAUAACGCUUACUUACCAAGUUGCAAGAUCCGUACUGCUACUUAUAUCUUUUCGCUUUAUAGGUCCUCGAACCUAAGACAAUAGCCUUAGUUUCGGCGGCACUGAGUGAUUCAGGAGCUAUGCAACUUAGCCACGCGACUGCAAUUUGCAUGACAGAUUAGCACCACACGUUCGGGUGUAUCCCUACAUGCGCAGGCCUUAUUCAAUGGCGCGGGCAGUCCAGAUACAAUUGCUCCUAUACAUGAUGUCAGUGCGCGCGUGGAUUCUGUGUUAUCCAGC